AUAACCUAACCUCACGUGAGUUCAAAGCGUUUUCGAGGUUAUUCACGUCUGUUCACUUCUGCUCGACUCACGUAAAUAAAUUUCGCUUUGUUUCAAGUAAUUUCAACGUUCAUCGAGUGCAGUUGAGUAGACAAUUAAAAAGUGUUGUUAUGGCAGGUCACAAUUACAUAAGUGAUCCGAAAAACCCCUUUUUUUCGCUCGAGGACGACGUGGAUGAUGAAACUUUCAUCAAAAGUGCACCUCGAAGACCUUCAGCCGCCUCUCCAAAUUACAAUCCCUACUCGUCGUCUAACAAUCAUUACACCAAUUUUGACAACGAGCUUGAACAACAUCAUGAAGAUUUAGUCUCUCGAAGAAAAGUGAUUGAAGAAAGAACUCUCCAGUCUUCUGAAAGGUCCAUUUCGCUUUUGAGGGAUUCUGAACAAGUCGGAGCUGCCACGGCUGAGGAAUUGAUAAGACAACGAGAACAGCUGGAGCGAACCGAGAAGCGAUUGGACGACAUCAAUACUACUUUGCGUUUUAGUCAGAAGCAUAUUCAGGGCAUAAAAAGCGUCUUUGGUAGUUUAAAAAACUACCUGAGUGGGAAAUCGAUAGACAUUCCAACGCCCUCGGCUUCUAAAAUUCCUGACGUUUCAACCAGCCUUCCUCUAACGACUUCAAGCAGCCUCACAGAUUCCUUGGAGCAAACUAGGAAUCAUCUUACUGGAGGCGAACAUCCUUCCUUCAGACUUAGAGGCCUCUCUGAAGAAGAGGAAUCCUACAAACCAGUGACAAAUCAUGUGAGCGCUGUUCUAGAAAAAAAUCUGGACGAAAUGAGUGGCUCGCUUGCUAGAUUGAAAGGAUUGGCUAUCGGACUUUCUGAGGAAAUUGACUCACAAAAUGAUCUCCUUGAUAAUAUAACUGAUAAGACGGAAACGGCGGACAUAACUUUGAUGAAACAGAGCAAAGACAUGAGGCAUUUGCUUAAGAAGUAAAUUAAAAAAGGGCAAGGGAGUACUUUUGAUUACAGAAUAGAAUGUUCAGUUACAAAUGACAAAAGGAGGUUGAAAAAACUAGGAAUUUUCUCAAAUACAGUUCGCAGACAGGAAAGAAUGUUGGAUCUGAUCAGCAUCGUAUUUUACGCGAUUAUCAAUAGAGUUUUUACGUUAAGUUGGGAUGUAAGUAGGACGUUGAUUAUAAUUACCAGUACGUGCAAUGAAAUCACUCGGGUGAAGAAAAAAGCCUUUCUAUUUUAUAAAUUAAAAUCUUUUAUAAUGACUUUUUACGAAAAACAAAAAUAUGUUACCAUUUAUAUAUUUUGUUCUAUUUAAUUUCUCUUCGGAAAGAGAAAAUUUGGCUUAUAUUCAAGCUGGAAUUUUUCGGGAGAUAUUUAGAGAAUCUAGUGUUUUUUUCGGAUUCAUAUUUAAUUGAUAUUUGAUUUUGAGAAAAACGGGCAACAGAACGAAGGCACAAAAUUCCAAAGCUAAAGUUAGAAUCGACUAUAAGGACUUUUAGCACUAGUUUACUGUUAAAUUUUGUAAAUUGGUACAUUUCUAUCCAAUACGUAAAUUUAAUCAAAUUGGAGAAAAUCGAUUCUCUAUUUGUAUAUAAUGUCUAGGAGAUUUUGGAUUAAUUACAUUGAUUUUUUUUUCAAGGCCUCCGCAACGAAUUAUGCGACGGUGAUAGAUUAUACAAUUUGUUUAUAGUUAUUUAUAGAAUAUGAAAUUAAGGUGUACAAUUUUUGUUGAAGAAGUUUUGAAUAUAAGUGUGAAUAAAUGUAGUUAGAAAUAUAA